UUGCGUCAAAAAUCCGGCGAAAUGUUCAAUUUCGGGCUUUUUGAUAAAUAUUUUUAGAAUUUCAUUUAAAAACUAGUCAAUAAUCUUAAUAGGGUAUGAAAAAGCUCGAAAAUCUAAACUUAUCACUAUGUCUUCUACCAGUAGCACACCUGUGUAUUAUGAAGAUAUACCUCCAGGAGUUCUCGAUGAAAGUGAAUUUAUUUGCACAGAAAGGAUUACUCCACGAAAAAUAAAACCACAGAAUAUUGUAAUGAGAUUAAUGGAUAGAGAGAUUUAUGGUUCACGCAAGCCAGGAUCGCAUUUUCACGUAGUAAGAGAAUUUUACCAAAACGUAUUUCCAAAUUUAACAAUUGUGAAUGUUGAGAAACCUCCUUGUUUUUUGAGGAAAUUUAGUCCUGAUGGAAAGCAUUUCAUUGCAUUUUCCGCAGACCAAACAUCACUAGAGAUCUAUGAAUACAGAGGCGCGUCAGCUGCUGGCGAUUUAGUGGCCGGUUACCCUUCCGACUUGUUGAAUGCUGAUGCCGAUGCACAUCAUAGAAUAAGGACACAUAUUUUCUACAGAUUUUUCAAGCCUAAAUUCACAGUAAAUGUAUGCCAGCAAAGGGAUCCGAGGUCUGAAUUGAAUCCUGGUCAAUUACCUUUUAUGGAACAACAGCUGAACAGGGAAUGCAGCCUCUUUACAGAAGAUGGCAGAUAUGUAAUAGUUGGUUCGGCAGCCCACAUCCCUGAGGACCUAAGACCACACUUCUAUCAUAUACACAGCAAUAAUGAGGCUGUCACCCCAACUAUCAGAUCUGCUUUAGAAGAUUACUCCCUACAUUUGGUGGAUCUGCACCAUGGCAAGCUAUGUGAUACAAAACACUUCAGGAUUGACAAAAUCUACCUUUCCCACAAUCAAGGCAUAUAUUUGUACAAAGAAGUCCUAGCAGUGCUCUCUGUACAACAUCAAACUAUACAUUUGUUUCAAAUUGUAGAAGGGCUGUUGAUAGAGAUAAGAAAAAUUGGCAGAUUUUGUUAUGAUGAUGACCCACUAAUUGUGAGUUCAGUAUUUGCUCCACAGAUUAAUGAAAGACCAUUUCACGAGGAGACAAUAAAUAGCUUAAAACAUAGGUUACUUGUAUUCCUUUUCAAGAGAGCCAAGACAAUAAGUGAUGAAUCAAAAGAUCCACUUGAGCUAAGGAAAUUCUACAAAUACUUUGAUAUGUUUAAAAGCUUAAGAAUGUGGAAAAUGCAGCUCCUGGAUGAAGAUCAUCUAUUCAUCAAAUAUGCAAGUGAAGAAGUUGUGACAUUGAGAGUACCAGAGCCCAACAGUCAAUCAUCAUUUUUUGUAAUCUACAACAUUAGUGAAAGCAAGAUAUUAGAAGUGUAUGAGAACACCUCAGAAGGACUUUUACAGUUAUUUGAGAAUUAUUGCGACUGUUUUAGAAAUGCAAGAUUACGAGCAGACUCACAGUUCACAUGUUCUCCUUCAAAUAAUUUAUAUGCAAGACUGACUCAGCAAAGAUUUAAGCAAACCAUUGUGAGAGCUAUUUACGGUGGUCGUACAGAGGCAACCAAAAGAAUUUUGGCACAAUUGCCAAUAAGUGCUCAGUCAUACAGUGGAUCACCUUAUUUAGAUUUGGGCCUAUUUAGUUAUGAUGAUAAAUGGGUGUCUGUUAUGGAGAGGCCUAAAGCCUAUGGGGAGUAUCCCAUAAGGUUUUACGCUCGUGACUCAGGCUUGCUGAAGUUCAAGAUCUACGCGGGAGUGCUGGGCCAGUCGGUGCCGGCCAGCGCGCGGCGCCUGGUGGCUUUCACCUUCCAUCCCACCGACCCCUUCGCCAUCAGCGUCCAGAGGACCAACUCUGAAUACAUAGUCAACUUUCACAUCAGGAAUGCCGUCUUCAGCUGAUGGCUCUAACGUCUGUUUCUCGUUGAUAAUCUCGAUACGGAUAUCCGAUCAUCCUGACUCAUUCUUAACGGUUCUGAUUACCGAUUUAGGGUCUGGUGGACCCAUCAAAACGGCAGGGCGCCGCCACCGUGACACGGUACGGACGUCGUCUUGGUUAAUUGUUAAAAGAAAUGGAUUUAUCCAAUGGUCUAACUAAAUGAUUUAUUGAAAACCCUUUCUAUUGUAAAAAGUUAAUUAUUGCUUGAAAUUGAUUAUCCGCAUUUUCGAUUAUCCGGAACACCCCGUUUUAAUUUAUCCGGAUAAUCGGGAUUCUACUGUAUAUAAUUUUCGUAAAUGCUUUAAAUAUGUGUAGAUACAAUAGUAAGAAUAAUGAACUGUAUAUAAGUAAGUGCUAAUCCUAUUCUAAGAUUACAAUGUUGAAUGGAAUUCUGAAUUAAGUUGCAUGUAAUAUUUUUAUGAUGAAGAAAGUAAAGAUAUUUUUAUUCAAA